AUGGCUACUAAGCCUUCUCUCUCCACCACUACCAUGGUGCCUGAAACUGCGUCGGUUAAAAUAACUCCGAAAAUGGACCCAAAAUCCGUUUCCGAGACUCAAAGUUUUGUUAAGUUUAUGGGUAGUGGCGCUCCCGUUCCUGAAAACUGCAACACCAAUGGCUUCUUCGACUCUUUCCUUCGGAAUUUCAUCAAAGUCGAUCAAAUCCAACCUGGUCGAAUCUCUUGUACUCUUAUCGUUAAACCACCAAUCUGUAAUGCCUACGGAACACUGCAUGGAGGGACUGUUGCGUCCUUGGUUGAGGUUUUGGCUAUUGCUUGUGCUAGAACUGUAGUUGCUGAGGACAAGCAACUUUUUCUUGGGGAAAUUAGCAUUUCAUACCUCUCUGCCACUGCUGUGGAUGAAGAAGUGGUAGCUAAUGCCUCUGUGGUGAAGAGGGGAAGAAAUUUGACUGUAGUUGCACUUGAGUUCAAAUUGAAGAAAACUGGAAAUUUGCUUUAUCUUACUCAUGCUACCUUCUUUAACAUGCCGGUUUCCAGCUUAUGA